AUGGAAAGUUUGAAAGACCUACUUGUUGGGUCCGACUCGAAGUUUGGUACAAAGGAAUUCGAAGAAGUGUACAACAACCUCGCUAAGUUCGCAUUCAAGCAAGACGAGCAGCCGGCCGGAGAGGGGCAUGUUCCUGGCCAAAUGGUGCCCGUUCGAGCUGACCAGGUGAUGAAUGAUGCGGGCGGCUUCGUGUUCCGCAUAUCAGAUGAGUCACUUGUUAGGCGUUUCCUGAUACUCGGCACUACUGGCGGCACCUACUACGUCACGGAGAAGGAGCUCACCAUGAGAUCGGUUGAACGACUGUGCCAGAUUAUCCACAAUGGACAGGGGUUAAUGAUGUUGCGCGAGAUCCUCGAUAUCUCCCUUGCUGGCCGAGCUCCAAAGCAGGAUCCCACGAUUUUCGCGUUGGCACUGUGUGCUCGAUAUCAGAUUUGCGAUACAACAAGCAAAGAAAAAUCUGCAUCAAAAAGUGGUGUGGAGCAGAGUGGUAAUACGAUGCAGUGGAAGCCAGCCGAGGCUGAAUAUAGGGAGCUGAAGAAGCCGCUGGACAAAACAUAUCAGAAGUCGCUGCAGCAGCUUGCCCUGUUUGCUGUUCCCAAGGAAGCUUAUAUUGACGAGGAUCGCCUGUCUGUGUGUUCGCCUGUACCGAUUUUUCAUCUCGAGAUCUACAAAAGUUAA